GUGUGUACAAAAUUCUUGAGAUAUGGCUGCCGCUGACAAAUCUUUAAAGGAGGGUUUUCAUAGGAUUGAACUGUUUAAAGCUGAAUGGGAAGUUCCUUUAAAUUAUAGAGAAAUUGCUUCUAUUGGUACAGGAGCUUAUGGUACAGUGUGCUCUGCUACCGACACACAUUAUAACAUUAAAGUGGCUCUUAAGAAGUUGGCCCGACCAUUUCAGAAUCAUGUUCAUGCCAAACGUACUUACCGAGAGCUUAGGUUGCUCAAACAUAUGAAACAUGAAAAUAUUAUUGGGCUACUUGAUGUUUUUACUCCAGCUGAGAAUUACGAAAAUUUUCAAGAUGUGUAUUUGGUGAUGCAUUUGAUGGGUUCCGAUAUAAAUAAUAUUCUAAAGCAACAGGCAUUAACUGAUGAACAUGUACAGUUUCUUGUCUACCAGAUUUUAAGAGGGCUUAAGUAUGUUCACUCAGCUGGAAUAGUUCAUCGUGACUUAAAGCCUAGUAAUAUUGCUGUCAAUGAAGACUGUGAGCUUAGGAUUUUAGAUUUUGGAUUGGCUCGAGCUACUGAUCAAGAGAUGACAGGCUAUGUUGCAACACGAUACUGGCGGGCUCCUGAGAUUAUGCUCAACUGGAUGCAUUAUGGAAAAGAAGUUGAUAUGUGGUCUGUUGGAUGCAUCAUGGCAGAGUUGCUUACUGGACAAGUUCUGUUUCCUGGUUCAGAUCAUAUUGACCAACUAACUAAGAUUUUGCAAAUUGUUGGGACACCAGACCAAGAAUUUGUGACAAAAAUAACAAGUGAUACUGCAAGGUCCUACAUUGAAUCACUACCAAAAUAUCCAAAAAAGGAUUUCCACACUUUUUUUCAGGGCGCCAAUCCUUUAGCAAUAGAUCUGUUGCAAAUGUUAUUGACUAUUGAUCCAGACAAAAGAAUUACUGCUGAACAAGCAUUGCUUCAUCCUUAUAUGGCUAAUUACUCUGAUCCAGAUGAUGAGCCUAUUGCACCUCCUUAUGAUGACUCGUUUGAGAAACUAGAACUUGAUGCAGAAGGAUGGAGAAAAAUGGUAUGGGACGAGAUUCAAUUGUUUCAAAAGGAUCCCUCCCUCUAUCAAUAACAAUGUAACAUUAACAACUUUCUUAAACAAAAGAACAAUUAAUUUUAUGUUGGUUAUUAAUUUUUGCUAAUAAUAUUUUUAGUAAUCCUUAUGUUUUGUUGACUUAAAUGUAA